AUGCUGGAGCUGCUCAUCGACGAGGAGUCGAGGGAUCCGAGAUUCAUCGGUAACCCAUUUGUAGAUUCUCCGCGCUAUGUGCUGGGAAUUUCGGCGAUCUACCUCAGUUUCAUAUUCCUCAUCGGACCCCGCUUCAUGCGGGAUAAGAAGCCGCUCAACGUCAAGCCGUGGAUUCGAGUUUUCAAUACAUAUCAGAUCCUUGCGAACAUUUUCGUAGUCAUCAGUAUGAGUUACUUGGCGUUCUACAAGCUGAAGUUCUCCUUGAUAUGCGAACCACCCGAUACACGUAUGGAUGUCGACAGUCUCCGACUGCAUACGAUUGGAUAUUAUUAUCUUCUUGUGAGAUUCACGGACUAUAUGGACACAGUGUUUUUUGUCCUCGCAAAAAAACAAUCUCACGUCACAUUCCUCCAUGUCUAUCAUCACCUCUGUGUCUGUCUGAAUGGAUGGCUCUAUAUGAGACAGGGCUGGGCAAACAUCGGAGCGCUGGGUGGGUUGAUAAACGCCUGCAUUCACACAAUCAUGUACAUAUACUUCUUGAUGGCAACCUUCCCACAUCUCAAGAAGCACCUGUGGUGGAAGAAGUAUCUCACACAACUUCAAAUGGCUCAGUUUAUCGCGAUGAUAUCUCAAUUCGUGGUCGUUUACUCAAGAGAAGACCAUUGCGGGUACCCGAAGGCCGUUUUAUUGAAUGGCAUAGUGAACGUAUUCAUAUUAUUCUCCCUGUUCGUGGCUUUCUACAUCAAAACAUAUAUCCGCAGAAGUCGGCAACCACAGCAACCUCGCGCGAGCUCUAACGGAAUUUCUCGCAAACGACGAUAA